AUGGAGAUCAAUCCUGGAUUGAAUCACAUCAACGAACAAGCGAGCAACAAUUCAUCUGUUCAGGCCCCAAAGCCAUGUCUUAGAGGAGAAAGCAAUGAUAAGGGACGAAGGAUUAUUAUCAAUGUUAGCGGCCUGAGGUUUGAAACCUACGAACGCACGCUUUCUCAAUUCCCGGCUACACUUCUCGGUUGUGCAGCGAAAAGAGAAUUAUACUUUGACAUCGAAAACAAUGAAUAUUUUUUCGACAGAAAUCGCUCAUCGUUUGAGGCCAUAUUAUUUUUUUAUCAGUCUAAUGGCAAACUUGUUCGGCCAAGCGGUGUUCCGUUGUACGUUUUCUCGGAAGAGGUCAGAUUUUUUGAACUUGGUAAGGAACAUCUUCAGCGGUUAGAGAUCGAAGAGGGAUAUAUAACUGAAGAGAAACCAGUUUUGCCCACAAACCAAACUCAAAGGAGAAUAUGGGAAUUAUUCGAAUAUCCGGACAGUUCAAUGCCGGCGCGUUUUUUAGCUAUGUGGUCAGUGUCUGUGAUUUUACUCUCUAUCGUGGUAUUCUGUCUCGAGACUUUACCAAGUAUAAGAUGUGCGACUGAUCCAAGUGGAACUGGUUGUGAAGCAUACGGUGGAACCCCUCAACCCGAGAAAAUGUGGUACACUGUAAUCGAAAUUCUGUGUAUUUCAUGGUUCACCCUUGAGUAUGUUGUCAGGUUAUUUUCUUCACCGCAAAAGUUGGUCUUUAUUCGCACAUUUUUAAAUAUCAUUGACCUUGUUGCGAUUUUACCCUACUACAUUACGCUUCCAAUGAACGAAGCCCGCGUAACCUCGUUGGCUGUGCUACGAGUUAUUCGUCUUGUCCGUGUCUUCCGUAUAUUUAAACUUUCACGUCAUUCAAAAGGCUUACAAGUUCUUGGCUACACGCUGCGGUCAAGCUCAAGAGAACUGGCCAUGCUCAUCUUUUUCCUCUUGAUUGGAGUAGUGCUGUUCGCGAGUGCAGUUUUUUACGCGGAACAAGACAACCGAGAGAGCCAGUUCAGAAGUAUCCCUGAUGCAUUCUGGUGGGCAGUAGUUACCAUGACAACAGUGGGGUAGGUUAAGAAUUUUCAUUUAUAGAAGUUGUAAAUUUGAAACCGAUGACCGAGUUGUUGUCGCUUGAAGCAUAAUUGUGAUUUUCCGUGAACUGGGAGGCUCCCUCUCGAUCUAAGCAAAGCUGUGAUCAUAUUUGAAAAGGAUUAUUCUAUGUAAUAUUAUGAACAUGAGACUCUUUCGAAUACGUUACACUUAAAAGGAAAAUUAACCUUUAACUUAUGUACUUUUUAUCAUUGUGAAAAAUUCUCCGAAAUUCAAUUUAAUCCGGCUGUUUACAGAAGAUAGAAUGAAGUUUAAAACAAGAUUCAUACAUAAGUAAGAAAGUUUUGGCUCUAGAGGAAGUCGUUGAUCAUUCUUUCAAUAUACGCGCAGGAAAAGACCUGGUCGUAAACAUUGACGAACUCUUUUUUUUUUCUUGCCUUAAUUGGCUUGCUUAAAAGUAAAUCAUUCUAUAUUUUAUCGCUCCAAUUUUUUCCUUUUAUUUAAAGAAAAUUUGUACCAUGGGUUCGGUCGCCAGCGCGAUCAAAAAUUAAUGAACGCAUAGGAAUAAUUAAAAUUUUUAGCAAAUAAAUUUUACAUUUUUAUUUUAGCAAUACCUUGUUUGCUAUGUUUAUUCGGAAUUCAACUUAAAUGGUCGUUGAAGCUCAAAAAAAUCGCCACAAAAUAAAAUGAGAUCCUCGAUUUAACUUUCCUGAUUCGAGACAAAUGAUUUUAUCUAUUCACUGAUAAGUUCUCCGAAUUAGAAAAAUUAUGAGAUAGGGUAAAGUCAAACAGACAGAAACGUAUGGCGUAGUGAAUUUCAUUUGUGUGCAUGUUUUAUUAUUCCCUGGAUUUCAUGGUUAUGGGAAGGAAGCUGGAUCGUGCAAUAAUUUUAAAGAAUUGAAACAAAUGAGAUAAAUAUUUUUUUUCAACGUAGUUCCAUGCUAUGAAUUUAAGUUUCUCUGAGGAAAUGAAAAGAGCUUCUAAAAAUGGAAGCACACGCAUACAUUAGAUGUUGUGGACAUCGGUGAUAACAAAAAAGCCGUCUCCAUCGCUUUAUGUGUGGUAAAUUUGGCCAAUAUGAACGACGGAAAGGAAGGAACAGAACACUGUAGGAGGUUUUGGUCGAAGUUUUCUUUUUCCUGUCGUUAUCAAAACCCGCAAGUCCUCUUUUGAAAAGUGUGGCUUAAAUUCGAUCGAUGGUUUUUGAGCGAAUGUAUCCUCUUUAUAUUUUCGUAGUUUAGUCAAUCUAAUUCUCUAGGUAUGCAAUAUAGUGGUUAGAUGUUAACUUCCGGAUGGUGAAAUAAGUUGUGGUUGUAACACUGAAAACAGCAGAUAAGCUCUUUGGUGUCUUGUUUCUGAGCACAGACUCGAGCAAUGCAAACGUGAACAAUUUCACAGCAGGUGUGCUGCUCUACUUGCUUAAGAUAUUCAGAGUACAUCAUACUAAUUUUGAGUAAGAUCGUUUUUUUUUAAAGCGUAACAAAAAUACAUUGAAACCUUUUUUGCUGUUGUUUUUAUAUUGGAUCUCUCAGUUAUCCACCUGCUUUGUUUUAAUCAUCUCGACACUCAAGGCUCAAAAUAGUACAAAUCUACCCACUUCGUGCGCCUAAUGAAAAUGAUAUUGGCGGCAACUAAAGCUGCCAUUACAUAAUAAAUGCUUUAAUAAAAGUCAAUCAGUAUUUUAAAAAACCAGACGCUUCAUUGACAAAGAACUUGCGCCGGGAUUAAUAGAGGCGGCUUUAAUAAUUCAUAUAUCGGUGAAAUACUUCAUCAAAAUAGGCAUCAUUAGUCUAUUUGGCCACAGAAUUGUGAUCAUGAUUAGUAAACACCUUUUUUAUAUAAGUGCACAGUAGCCAAGUUUCUUUCAUUAGAUUGGUAAGACGUCCAAGGCUAACUGAGAUGAAUAAUUGAUGAGAGCAGGGUGAAAAAGAAAAUAAUCAGUUAAAUAUAUGUAUAUAGUAAUUAUUAAAAUCAUGUUUUGAAAUCCUGUGGCAUCUCUAAAAUCUUUUGGUUGAAAUACAGACGUGAUUAAAGUUGCUUGACCAUUAGUUGGAUUCAGCUUUUAUCUCUAGUCAGUUGAGCACGUAUUAUCAAGAGAAGUCUCUACUUUUAACGAAAUUAAGGUUACGAUUAUUAAGUGACUGUUUGAUAAAAAGCUUGUAGACUCCCUUUUAAAAUAUUUACGAUUUCUUAUGCACGAAACGAGAUACCACGCGAGAGAAAACCACUUCUAUUGGACAAAGAGAGCUCAUGUGUAGCAGUCUCCAUGCCUUCUUUUCUUCAGUGGAACUCAAUUAUAUCCCUCAGAGUCUGUGAGAACCAUACCCUUAUUUUUAUCUUUUAAUGGCCAUUUAUUCUAGUUUGAGAUUAGCCUUCUCCAGGAAGUCUUGGAAGCAAAAUUUCGUUUGAAAGACUAUCUAUAAAGACCAUAAGCCAAGGAAUAUAUUAGGAACCUCCCUCUCUUUUCCCCCGAAUUUCUUUCCUUCACUGAUUGCACAGGCUGCGGUAAAGCUUAGACAGCUACGUUUUAAGCGAACUGAGGGAGUACGACAGCAUAACAAAUACGUAUAUAAAUGUCAUUUGAAUUAAAAACUCCCCAAAGAGGCUCUGUAUGGCAAAUGAAACCCGUGAAUGUUCACAAGGGUUGGAAGAAAUCGUUUACUGCAUUAGUUUGGGUUUAUGUCGCUCUGUGAUUACUUUCAAAAAAACCUCCAUCCUCUAAUCAAAAUAGAUGCAACACUAAACCAAUUUCAACUUGGUCAUCCGCGUUUUAUCAGACGAGCUGACAGAAUCUCAACACGAUCAGAGAGUAACAUAACGACGGUCUUGAAAGUUAGAGCACCGGAUGAUAUGAUGUGAGCACUAAGCUACAUUGCCCCCAUGUUGUUACUUUUUGAGCACAGUUAGCCUUGUUUUGCCAAAUGGGGGUAAAAAUACGCGAGAUAUGUCAGUGAGGUAGAAAAAAUUAUGAAAGACAAAAAACAAUAUCGGGGGUGGGCGCAGAUCUGCUCCUCUCUGGUCUCGGAGAGCAAAAACAGAACUAAAAAUAAAGUUAAAAAUCUGUUUACCUGCAAUUCUGUGUAAAACGGAGAAAGGAAGGUCAGUGACAUGAAUGUUAGGUUUAUGCCUGAACCUCAACCAUAGACUCUAGUAAAAUGUUGUUAUCAAAACCCAAACCAGUCAAGAAACAUGUUAAUAUCGCAUUUAUAUCAAGUUCAAAUGUCUCUUUCUUUUUACAGAUACGGAGACAUGACUCCUCUCACUUUGGGAGGUAAAAUAGUUGGUUCUAUCUGCGCUAUAUCAGGAGUGUUGACCAUUGCUCUCCCUGUGCCGGUUAUUGUUUCAAAUUUCAACUACUUCUACAAAAGGGAGGAAUUGAACCAGUCCCUCGAUAUGGCGGAAAACGGCGAGUGUGGUAGAGACCAAAACGAAGAUAUUGACGCCUUCAACGGGCCACUGACCAGCCCAUCUGGACACAUGACACUCAGUUCACCUAAUGCGUUUACAGGAAUGGAGGAAGUUCGAGUAAAAAAUGAGACCCCUGUUUGAUCAUGUGACUACUCGCGCUGGGCCGCUGACCACUGAGCCCAUUUGGGCUCGGCUCAUCGAACGUGUUUGGAUUUGAAGAGGUUUGUGUAUAAACUGAGAUCCACGUUCGAUCAUGUAACUCGAUAACCCGUUCUUUAGAAGGAAGCUUAAACAAGUCUAUAGAAACAUAUGUCGCGUUUUAAUUGCUACCGCCUUUCUCCGUGUCAUCACUUUCCUCACGACUCAACGCGCUCAUAAAUAGAUCACGGUUUAUGUACUCAAAGAUUACAAGAAAAUAGUCAAGACGGUACAUGAUUAAUAGCAUAAAGAAGUCAAUAUUUCUUUCAUGACCUCGCCAAGUAGAUAGGACGAAAUUGUUAAAAAAAAGAAUGGGCUUCAUGGGCGAGCUGAGUCAUACGACAAUAACAGCGGUGCAGAUGUUAAAAUUUGAUCAGCUAGGGAUUUAGUGAUGGCAAAGUCUUUGAUCCUUUCAUUGGUCAUUUGACGAUGAUCAAGUUAGCUCUGAAGUUUUGAUCUAAAACAGAAGUGCAGUGGGCAUGUAUCCAUGCUUGGUUACAUCGAGUCUCACGAUGGAACAAACGACAGGAUUAAUGGGAGUUUUGCCUGAAUAAUUCCAGUGGUUCAGUGAUCCUUGAAAUGUCACGCUGAAAAAGACCAGUAUAGAUUUCUGAGAGCCAAAGAACAUAGACUAUGGAGAGCAAAGGCACAGGAAAGCCAGCAGACUGGAAAACCUACCCAACUUAAACUACGC